AUGCACGUCCUCUCGUUUAAAGUGCACCUCACCAACAUUCGAGGACUGCACGCCAAUCUCGAUGCGGUCCACUUCCACCUCGAGACCGACAAGCCCCACUUACUUUUCUUGACGGAGACGCAGAUCAGAUGUCCAUCAGAUGCGGCGUAUCUCGACUACCCGGGAUACUCAAUGGAGCACCAUUUCCUGCAGCGUGCCGGGGUCUGUGUGUACGUCCGCAAUGACAUCUGCUGCCAGCGUCUUCGUUACCUUGAAGACCCCAGCUUCUCCAUCCUGUGGUUGUUGGUGGACACCGGUAUGGACAAAAUUGUCUAUGCUUGUGUCUAUCGAUCGCACAGCGGUGAUCAGGAGACAACUCGACUGUUUGGCCACCUCAGUGAGGCCGCCGAUGAGGCUUUACAUCGGCACCCUGACGCGCAGUUUGUCGCUCUGGGCGACUUUAACGCCUGCCACCAAGACUGGCUUUUCCCGUACCAGAGGACCGACCACGCUGGGAGAGAGGCGCGAAACUUUGCAGUAUCGUUGGGCCUCUCCCAGUUGGUAAAGCAAGCAACAAGGGUGCCUGAUGUGGAUGGCCAUACUGCCAAUUGUCUGGACCUUCUGCUGACUACCGAUCCAGACAGAUGUAUCGUAACGGUUUCAUCCCCACUUGGAACCUCAGAUCACUGUCUGGUGAAGUCUGUAUCGACCUUCUCCCCACCUGACUACGACGCACGCAGUGAACGUAGGAUGUGGCGUUACAAGUCAGCAGAUUGGGAUGAGAUGCGGCACUUCUUUGCAUCUUAUCCUUGGCAGCAGGACGUACCCGUAGGUGGCUCAGCUAAAUGGUUCAGCGCCGAUUGCGUUCAAGCUGAACAGCUUAAGCAUUCGGCGUUCCUCGCCUGGGUGAACGCUCGUGACCGUAAAGCUCCGGAUCUGAUCACAAAGAAGAGAGCCUUUAACCAUGCUGCCAAGUCCUACAAAAAGGCACUAAAGAGGGCUCGUUUCGACCACAUCACCCACAUUGGCACAAAGCUUUCUGCACAACCGUCCGGUAGCAGAGCAUUCUGGUCCCUUGCCAAGUCGGUCGAGGCGAACUUUUGUCGGCCCACAUUGCCUCCGCUGGUAAGACCUGAUGGAAUACUGGCCCACACCGCGAAAGAGAAAGCAGGCCUUUUUGCAUCUCUUUUCGCACAUAAUUCUCGUCUAGACACUAGCAGUGCUACUCCGCCAACUCUACCUCAUUGCGAUUCUUCGAUGCCCGAGGUUCGCAUAAGGAACAAAGAGGUUCUUAGAGUACUGUGUCGUCUGGACGUGAAUAAAGCUAGUGGACCAGAUGGUAUACCAGCGAUUGUUCUUAAGGCUUGUGCGCCCGAGUUGUCCCCUGUAUUGACUCGCUUGUAUCGCCUCUCAUUUAGGACUGGUAUAGUGCCCAAGUCCUGGAAGCUUGCCAACGUGCAACCCGUGCCCAAAAAGGGAGUCGCCGAUCCCACCAACUAUCGGCCGAUUUCGAUAACCUCCAUACUCUGCAAGAUUAUGGACGUGUGUUGA